CACCUCUGUGUCUCCUCUGCCCCCCUCCCCCUGCCCUGACAAUCGGAUACGUGGUGCUCGCAGCCCCGGAGCUCCCUGUGGAAGCUUCUCACAAUGCUGCCUGCAGUACUGAUCCCCAAGGGGUGACCCCCACCAAGUAUGAUCUGCACAGAAGACCCCAAGUGACCCGGCAGCAUGAGGAUCCAUUGCAAGCUCCUGGCUAGCUUGUUGUGCCUGGGGGGGCUUCUGAUCCUCUAUCUCUUCCUUGGGAAUACAGAUGAACACCCUGUUAAAGGCACCAGGAGAACCAAACUUCCAGCCCCCUCUGGACAUGUCAGGGAACAGCCCACCACUACCCCAGGGUACUUCAAAGCCAUAGAGGAGCACAAGCCAAAAAGGGUGAAAAAGAAGACAAGCAAAGUAAAGGCAAAACCAGCUAAAAUUAGAGUACCAGAACAAAAGCAGAAAUCCUUGGUUCCCGAGGAAUGGAUGCACCUUGCAGUGGUGGCAUGUGGAGAUCGUGUAGAAGAGACUGUUACUAUGGUGAAAUCUGCUGUGCUCUUCAGCAUGAAAAAAAUCAGAUUCCAUAUAUUUGCUGAGGAUGCAUUAAAACCGGAAUUUGACCGAAAGUUUAAAGAAUGGCCACAUCAGCUAUCCAAAAAGUUUGACUACAAGAUAUACCCGAUUACUUUUUCUGUAGGAAACGCUCAGGAAUGGAAAAAAUUAUUCAAACCCUGUGCCGCUCAGCGACUCUUUCUUCCGAUGAUUCUGCAAGAUGUGGACUCCUUGCUGUAUGUCGACACGGAUGUUCUUUUCUUGAGACCUCUGGAUGACAUCUGGGCCUUUCUCAAGCACUUCAAUGAUACCCAGCUGGCAGCAAUGGCUCCCGAGCAUGAAGUACCCAAGAUUGGCUGGUACAGUCGCUUUGCCCGACACCCAUUUUACGGCACGACAGGUGUCAACUCUGGGGUCAUGUUGAUGAAUCUGACGCGUAUUAGGAAGCAGCAGUUCAAGAAUAACAUGAUUCCUGCUGGUCUGACAUGGGAAGAAAUGCUCCAUCCGCUGUAUCAGAAAUACAAAAACUACAUCACGUGGGGAGACCAGGACUUGCUAAAUAUCAUCUUUUAUUUCAACCCAGAGAAUCUGUUUGUAUUUCCAUGUCAAUGGAAUUAUCGACCUGAUCACUGCAUGUACGGGAGUAACUGUAAAUCAGCAGAGGAAGAUGGCGUAUCUAUUCUCCAUGGCAACAGGGGUGUCUACCAUGAUGACAAGCAACCGGCGUUCAAGGCUUUCUAUGAAGUGAUUCGUGAUUAUCCAUUUGAUGGAAAUCUUUUCCAGUCCAUGUAUUACCCUCUUCAGUCAAAGUUCUUGGAAAGCGUCCAUACAUUAUGUGGUAGGAUCCCACAGGUGUUCCUCAAGCAGAUUGAGAAUACUAUGAAGAAGGUGUAUGAGAGGCGAGUGAUCUUCUAUGCCGGAUCUCGAGGACGAAGCUGAGGAUUGUUACGGUGGCGGUGUUCAUUGCUUUACGGAAAUUAUUUAACGUACUUUUUUAUACGGUUGAAGUUUUUUAUUGGUGAAGAUUAAAGCUAUGCAAAAAUAAAGGGCAGCAGAUUGGACGACAUUUCAGAAACCCUUUAAGGACACACAAUGAGGUAUUCAGCGCAUUAUCCAUCCGUGGGGGACUACUAUAGAGUGUUGCCAAUGACAACCUAUCAGUAAAGAACAGAGUUUCCCAACCUGUAGCUUCCCACCUGUUUCCAUACCACAGCACCAUAAUGCCCGUGAGGGGACUCCAUUUUUCAACAUCUGGAGAGUCAAGGGUUGCGAAACGCCAAAAAUGAAAGAAGUAAUUUGGUUGCCGUGGGCAACAUGUCCGAUUUGCCUACAGCAGUUUUUAUACAGGAGGCCCGCUUGUGACAUUUUUUUGCUUUAUAGAUGUUUUAUUUCUUCUCCUGUGUGAAGAAUGAUUGCGGUAUUCCCAGGAAGGGUUUGACCCAUAGGUCAUGCAAAGAAUCUAGUGCAAAAAAAACUAUUUGUUGCCUGUGGCAGCAAAUCAAGAUGGCAACUGAUUGCCAUGGACUCCACCUCAUGUUAUUUUUACGGCAUUUAAAAAAAAAAAAAUUUAUUUGACCACUAUAGGAAUUUCUCAGAUAGUAAGGAUGCGUAGCAAUAAUGUCAGGGAUGACUGGAAAAAUAUAUACAGUGAUCCCUCAACUUACAAUGGCCUCAACAUACAAUAGUUUCAACAUACAAUGCUAUGGAAUCUGUGAAACGUGUCAAUGACUGGAAGAACCGACCAAUCAGAAUGGAUAUUUCACUGGUAAAACCCCUGUAUUCCUAAAGUGCAUGCACUGACUGGUGUCUAGUAGCGCCCCCUACAGUACAGGGAGGUAUUACAUGUUCUGUACUAUUUACCUGUACCAGGGUUAGCUGCUCCUUUGGGCAUCAGGUGAGGGCGGCUCCAUUUUCCUUUUUUUAGGACAUUAUGUGUACUGUACAGGACCCUGAAGAAGCUCCUGUCCUCUACAUAGACCAGUGUUUCCCAAAGAGGGUGCCUCCGAC